AUGUUAUUUUGGAAAAAUAUAUGGUUAAUUAUGUUGACGGUGCCCUUCUUGAUUCAAAUGUUUGCCACCCCUCGCGCUGAUAGUUUACGGUCUUUGUGCUCUAAACUCAAGGCACAACGACACCGCGGAACAAUACAACCUAGCCGACGAAUCACGAUGCGGACGAUGAUGUUGUCCAAAUGUAAGCUGCGACCGGUCCAGUCAAUGUCGGUCGGUCGUCUGGAAAAGAAGCUCUUGCAUCCCUAUCCGGAUUUCGAGCGAAUGUCAGAGAGAUUUAUUGUCACAUUUAGUUUUUUGGAGGAUCUAGCUGCGGAACUCUAG